GCCAGCCGCACUUGACACUCUCACGCUCUACCUUACCAACACAGCUCUUUUCAUCCGCCGAAAGUGUCAAGAUGGCGCGAGGUCCCAAAAAGCACUUGAAGCGUCUCAAUGCGCCCAAAGCAUGGAUGUUGGACAAAUUGGGGGGCGUUUUUGCUCCUCGUCCAUCCACUGGCCCCCACAAACUGCGGGAGUCUUUACCUUUGGUAAUUUUCCUGAGAAACAGGUUGAAAUACGCUUUGACCAAUUCAGAAGUGACUAAAAUCGUAAUGCAGAGAUUGAUCAAAGUCGACGGAAAAGUAAGGACAGACCCUAACUAUCCAGCUGGUUUUAUGGAUGUGGUCACUAUUGAGAAAACGGGAGAAUUCUUCCGCUUGAUUUAUGACGUUAAAGGACGUUUCACCAUUCACAGAAUCACGGGAGAAGAAGCUAAAUACAAGCUGUGCAAAGUUAAGCGAGUGCAAACUGGCCCUAAGGGAAUUCCCUUCCUGGUUACCCGCGAUGGCCGCACCAUCCGCUACCCAGACCCCAUGAUCAAGGUCAACGACACCAUCCAGUUGGAAAUCGCGACUUCCAAAAUUUUGGACUUUAUCAAAUUUGAGUCUGGCAAUCUGUGCAUGAUUACUGGAGGUCGUAACUUGGGGCGUGUUGGUACAGUCGUGAGUAGGGAGCGCCAUCCAGGGUCGUUCGAUAUCGUGCAUAUUAAGGAUGCAAAUGGCCACACAUUUGCAACUAGGUUAAAUAACGUAUUUAUCAUUGGAAAAGGUAGCAAACCGUAUGUUUCUCUGCCGAGAGGGAAAGGAGUCAAACUUACUAUUGCCGAAGAAAGGGACAAGAGAUUGGCUGCCAAGACCCAAUAAUGUUGUAAUAUUACAAUAUUUUCAAUAAAAGUGUAAAAACCGAAA